ACAACGAUCUAGAAGAGGAUGAGCUUCAAGUUAGUGUUUAAUUCUCUGCAAGAGAUCUUUCCGGAGAUUUGCGACCGGAUCACAAUUUCGUCAAUCCAAGCGCCCCCUCAAUGAUGUGUGCUAACAUAUCAUGUGCUUAUGCCCUACUUCAUUAUUUGAGUGGAUGUUGGAAUGUGCUGGUUGAUCUACGAAUUUUGAAGGCUGUCGCCAUUGAGCAUGCUAACGAUAUUGAUGCCGCUGCAGAAUUUAUUCUUCUUGAAGUCAUACCAAAUAUCAGUGCAUCUCCUGAAGCUUCUUCCUUCAAUAUGAACUAUGCAUAUGAACUAAAAGAUUCAUCUUUCAAAAGACCUAAUCCGGAGGAAUUUGAGAGAGGUUCUCCUAGUCGUCCUACAAAGGAUUCUCAGCUCAAGUCACCGUACUUAGAGGAAGGAGUGUUUGGAGAUCGAGUUGUAGGUCCAGCAUGUGAUGUGGAUGGUUCAGGAUCUUUGACAUCAUCAGAUGAAAGUAAUGAAGAAUUAAAUGCACCUGUACCUUCAACAUCAAAGUUAGAAAAUAGAUCCGAUCCUCCUAGCCUCGGAGUUUUUCGUCUUGAGCAACAAUACCCUGGUGCUCAAAAUGGAAAUCCAUUUGUCCAUGUGAUCUCCAGACCUGUGCAUGAGGACUCUCUAGGAGAACACAUAGUUGAACCAUGUUCUGAGUUUAAAGCAAGCGGAAAUGAUUCUCUCUGCACCAGCUCUCAACAGCUUUCUGGGUUAGAUCCUGAACAAACUGUUGCAGCUGUUGAAUCUAGUAGCCGAGAUGGUUUAUUAAUUGUUCUUCCUGAUUUAGCGGACCACAAAGCUGCAGGAAUGAAAGAUGUUAAUAAUUCUUUUAGUGAAUCCGAAGCUGUUUCACGAUGGUCAGAUGAUGUUUUGGAGACCAAUGAUGCUAGAUCUGGUUUUACAUCUUGUCGGGAUAUCGUACCAUUACUUAAUGAAGAAAAUAAUUCUUAUAUGGGCCGGGAAGAUGAGGAGCCCAAUAUUACUGACAACAAUUUUAGUGGAGACAAAGGAUUGCAGUCUAGCUAUUCUGAGGAUUUGGCAUCUUUGGAAUAUGAGAUGCUUCAUGCUGGUGAUCGCAAUCUACCUGGAACUUUGGCUACUCGCUCGGGCCAUUUUGUUGACGUUGAACUUCUUGAAGAAUUUAUCACUGAUGCCAAAAGUAACAAGAAGAACUUGCUAUCUGCUGCAGAAUCAGUAACUAAUGUGAUUAAAGAGGUCGAGCUUCUUGAGGAAAGGGCCAAACAGGCUAAAAAAGAAGCUUCCAAUGCUGGUAAGGGUAUUUCGGAGAAGGCCAACGAACUCAAGCAGACGUUGAAGCAUGCAAAGGAAGCAAAUGAGAUGCGUGCGGCUGAGAUUUAUGGUGAGAAAUCUAUAUUAGCAACUGAAGCUCGGGAGCUUCUGUCUCGGCUUGCUAGUUUGUCAGAUGAAAGGAACAAAUCUCUUACUAUCAUUGAGGAGGUCCGUCAAACUCUUGAAGGGCGAUUAGCUGUUGCAAGUGAAGAGAUAGCAUCUGCCGAGAAGGAAAAGCUCGAAAAGGAAGCAUUGGCAUGCGAGGCGCUCCAGGAACAGGAAGUUCUGAUGAAUGCUUUAGUGGAAGAGUCGAAGAAACUGCAGCAAGAAGCAGAGGAGAACACCAAGCUGAGGGACUUUCUUAUGGAACGCGGUCGUUUGGUUGAUUCAUUACAAGGUGAGAUAGCAGUGAUGUGUGAGGAUGUCUUAUUACUAAAAGAAAGAGUAGAUGGACGCGUGCCGCUGAGUAAAUCACUACAAUUGAUGGCAUCCUCUUUGUCAUCUUCAUCGAGCUCAUCUUUUCGCAAUAGUAGAUGCUCAUCAGAUGGCGUUGUCCUGCCUGCCAUAUCAGCCGACAAGCAGGUACGGAUCGAUGAAGAGAGAUCCGUUUCACAGAAGCUUAAUAUUAGUGAAGAAAUAGAACCUGCGAAAACUGAUGGCAGCAUUCGCCGGAGCACUUCUGAGGAUGGGUGGGAGCUUUGUGAAGAGGGCUGGCUGAAUGGGAAGCCCUGAAACGACAUAUGAGAAUAACUUGAGGAAAUCUUAACGUGUUGCGUUGGGAUAUUACGUAGGAUAGAUUUUGGGACACAUCUGCGUAGAAUACCAUAACACUGGGCCUUCAACAACAUCAGAGACUGGAAGUUAUUGCUGCGUAUUUAGUUGAGCAUAUUCAGCUGUAAAUAAGAUGUCGACACAGUAGUUGAUCAUUGUGUGACCAUAGCUUUCCAUGUUAUGCAUAGUUUAACUUUGCAUGUUAUGCAUAAAUUUGAUGUAAUAGUUUACAGUUUUACUAGAGAUUAUGCCGUACUAAAUUCAAGGUAGAGUGACGUUUCCGGUAGUGGUAUGCACAAACUAGCCCAGUUAUUCUCAGUUGUUGUCGUUUGUUAUCUUAUGCUGUUAUCUUUUUAAUCUUGGUGUGGGAGGAUCAAGGCAUAAAAGAGUUGUCAUCUUUUCCUCUUUAUAAAA